CACAGGCAUACACACAUCAUGCACGUCGAAGUGUAGCCCUCAUCGGCGACAGAGGACAGGCCAAAGAGAAAUGGCUUUUCACGUCAGUCUGCUCCUCAAAGUCUUGCUCCUACUCGGCAUAGCCGCAACAGAAGUAGCCUCUCAAGGGAACAGAAAAUUUACUAUACAAAACAACUGCAAAGAGACUGUAUGGCCAGGGAUAACAAAUGGUGAAAGUUUCAACCGCAGUGGCUUUGAAUUGAAACCGGGCCAAUCUGCCGUCUACACUCCAUCGGCGACUUGGUCCGGGCGGAUCUGGGGCCGAACCGGCUGCAAUUUUGAUAAGAACGGCAACGGCGCUUGCCAAACUGGUGCAUGCGGCAAUUCCUUGAGCUGCCUUGGGCCUGGGAGCUCGCCUGUUUCGAUUGCCGAGUUCACCCUCGGAGAUCCAGAUUAUUAUGACGUUAGCCUUGUGAGCGGCUUCAAUUUGCCCAUAGUGAUAAAGCCCGUAAAUGCUAAGGUAAAUUGCAGCACCGCCGGGUGCGACGGAGAUUUGAGAUCGAAUUGCCCCUCGGAGCUCACCGUCAAGUCCAAUGGGAAGGUGAUUGCUUGCGACAGCGCAUGCGAUAAAUUCAACACGGAUGAGUACUGCUGCAGGGGCGCUUUUGGUACUGCAGAUUCUUGCCAGCCAAGUAACUAUUCAAAGGCUUUCAAGUCUUUCUGCCCAGAUGCUUAUAGCUACGCGAAAGACGACCCGACGAGCCUCAAAACAUGCUCUAGCCCAGAAUACGUCGUGAGCUUCUGCUCGUCGAGGAAUGGAACGGUAUGCUCUGUUCAUGACGGUACAUUGAAAUGCAGUGGAUCGACUGAUUUGAGGGCACCCUCCUACGGAUGGUGGUUUCUGGCGAUCGUGCUGCCCAUGAUCGUCGGCACCCAUCAGUUUUUGGGGUUCAUUAUGUGAAUCAACUUUUUGAAUUUGUAUAUUGACGCAAUCGUGUUGAUUCGCGACUGUAAUUUGGUGGUUUUUCUGAUUUCCAAACAACGCGUGUGAUUUUAAACAGUGAGAGAUAUAUGCACAAAGAGGUACCAAGAACAUGUAAAUGAAAGGAAAGAAGUGCGUGUACAUACAGUGAUCCUUUAUUUUUGGUUUAAGGGAGGCUUUUAUUUAACGGA